CGUAAAUCUAGGAACUGAAAGUGGGAUAAUUCUGUAACUUUUGAAUGACAUAAACCCAACUUCUAUUCUUUCCAUAUUUUAGACACGCGACCCGCGAUUCGAGCUUCCGGCCUGGAAGACAAAUACUCCUCUGAUGGUAUUGAUUCGACGAUGAUAAACCCGCCAAAAUGGACGGGGAUUGGGACGAGGUUGCGCGCAUACCCUUCCCACCACCCGGUCUCCGGGCAAUGCCGACGCCUGUCACAGUCCUAGCAUUCGAUACAAGCCAAGAACUUCUGUGGACUGGCAAUGAAUACGGUCGGGUAUGCUCGUUUUACGGCACAAAACUACAGCCGUACACGUCCUUCAAAGCCCAUACCUCCCAAGAUGGCCCGGUCCGGCAGAUACUAUUUAACGAUAAGGGAGUUAUAGCUCUCGGAUCCCGUGGCGUACAUAUGGCGUUGAGAAGAGGUCCCCCGCUGUGGUCACUUAGGCACGACGAUAUGCAAGAACUACGAUGUAUGAGCUUCACAUCAAAAGGCACCGCCGAAAUCCUGGUCGCUGGCGAACAAGACAAGAUGCUCGUUAUCGACACUAACAAAGGCGAGGUCACUAAGCAGAUACCGACUGAACACAAAUACACGAUCAUGAGAAGAAGUCGAUAUAUAUGCGCCGCGACCCCUACUGGUGCUGUACAUAUUAUCGACUCUCUCAGUUUCCAGGUCAUCAAAGUUUGGAACGCGCACACGGCUGCUAUCAAUGAUAUGGAUGCACAACAUGAUUUUAUAGUGACUUGCGGAUACUCCAUGAGGCACGGGGGUAAUUACAUGCCUGACCCAUUUGUUAACGUCUUCGAUCUGAAGAAUAUGGUAUCCAUGUCCCCUAUCCCAUUCCCAGCCGGCGCGGCUUAUGUUCGCAUGCAUCCUCGGAUGUCUACUACCAGCAUUGUUAUGUCACAGAUAGGACAGAUGCAUGUCGUCGAUCUCAUGAACCCUAACACUAGCAAUGUGCGUCAGGCAAACAGUCUGUCUUACUUUUCUAUGAUAGAAAUUGCCUCUUCAGGUGAGGCCGUCGCUCUAGCAGACGGCGAUUGUUAUAUCCACCUUUGGGGCUCCCCUAACAAGAUCCACUUCGCCGAGUUUCCUACACCCAUAGAAACCGCUGACUCCGGUACUGGACCGCGGAUUGAUUUUGACUCUCCCGAUACACCAUUGAGCACUGUCGGUAUGCCGUACUAUAGAGAAGUAUUGCUAUCAGCAUGGCCAAGCAAUAUGGUGACGGAGAUUGGGGCUCCCCCUGUCAAAAUCGACGCGCAAUUCUUAACAACCCUCCAAGAGAGAGAUUGGGGUUACUUCGGCAAGAAUACCCGACCUUUAAGGAGGAACCAAGUUGAGGAUACACGUAGUACUGAGAACCUCCAAAGCUCUCUCAAGCCACCCAAGUUCUUGAGUGAAAAGGCGAGAGAAGCGGCUAAGUCUCCAGCGGGUACACCAGCACCCGAGGAAGUUAUUCCCGAAUUUCCGCAGGUUCUACAAGACACCAAGCUCGAAAGUCUCAAGAUCGAGGUCCCUGAGUUAUACCAAAACAUUGAAAUUAAGUAUAGCAAGUUUGGUAUUGACGAUUUCGAUUUCGGUUAUUUCAAUAAAACCCAGUAUUCAGGAUUGCAAAAUCAUAUCGUUAAUGCCUAUGCAAAUCCACUACUGCAGGUUAUGCACUAUACCCCUCUAAUCCGGAAUAUUGCCCUUCAGCAUGCGGCAACAGCUUGUGUUGAUGAAUUAUGUCUCCUCUGUGAACUGGGAUUCCUCUUUGAUAUGCUCUAUAAAGCUGAAGGGGAGGCUUGUCAGGCGUCCAACUUCACCAAGACCCUCAGCUAUCAUCCUGAAGCGGGAAAGCUUGGUCUCCUCGAGGAAGAACCUCAUGCAUCUCGGACUGUGAUGUUGCAGCAGUUGACUAGGUUUCUCCUCCGUCAGACAACUCAGAAUUAUAGCCUCAUGGUCCAGAAUUCUCAACCCUACUCUACCGAUGCACCUCGCCCCGGGGUAUUUGAAGAGUUGUUUCAAACGACUGCGACGAGUUCCAUUCGGUGCAUGAAUUGCCGGAGUGAAACCACAAAAGCCGAUCAUACUAUGGUGAAUGAAUUGAUGUAUCCGCAGAACAAAACUGGCCAUAGGAACCCGAGAGUACGGGCAACUACGUUUUCUCAAGUACUGAAGAUGAGCGUUGAAAGAGAGACCACCAAUAAGGGAUGGUGCAACAGCUGUCAUAGAUACCAGACUCUGGCAACCCGAAAGACCAUACACAGAGUGCCUAGUGUAUUGAUGCUCACAACUGCGAUCAAUAAUAACGAUCACCGACGACUUUGGGCUACUCCUGGGUGGCUACCGGAAGAAAUUGGCGUCAUAGUAGAUAACGGCCAAUUCUUUUGUUUCGAAGGUGAAGACUUAAAGUUGCAUCUACAGCGAGGAAUACAUAAUAUUACAGUUUACUCUUUAACUGGUUUGGCCGUUAACAUUGAAGGUGGCCAACAACAGAGGUCCCAUCUUGUGGCUAUGGCAAACAUUGCGCACUCCGCACCAACAGCUCCCGGCCAGAGUCAAUGGUAUCUUUUCAACGAUUUCCACGUCAAGCCGAUUACGCCUCAGGAGGCAUUGACGUUCAAUACGUCUUGGAAGACGCCGUCUGUCAUUACAUAUCAAGUUAAGUCCGCCAAUAAUCAGCUGGAUUCUACUUGGAAAGAGAAUUUAGAUUCUAGGCUGCUUUACCUAGACCUUCAGGCCGAUAGGGCGGACAAAACUUAUCGGACAUUGGAUCGAGAAACUGAGCCAGCUGGACCAAAUACAAUAGUUGCGAUAGAUACGGAAUUCGUGAAGAUUUCACAGCCAGAGGUUGAAAUGCAUUCGGACGGAGAUUCCAAAAUCAUUAGGCCAACCGUGCAUGCUUUGGCCCGGACAUCUAUCGUGCGAGGCGGAGGCAUGGACGAAGGACUCCCGUUCAUUGACGACUAUAUCACUAUCAAGGAGAAGGUGGUCGACUAUCUAACUUCUUACUCCGGGAUUACUCCCGAAGACCUGGACUUAACCAUGGCUAAGCAGAGAGGUCACAACCUCGUGCCGCUAAGGAUAGCGUAUAAGAAGAUAUGGAUCCUUCUCAACCUCGGGUGCAAGUUUUUGGGUCACGGCUUAAAGCAGGACUUCCGAGUGAUCAAUAUCCAUGUGCCAAAAGCACAGGUAAUCGACACGAGCGACCUAUUCUUCAUCAAGGAACGGCUCCGGAAAUUAAGCUUGCAGUUCCUCGCGCACACGUUGCUGAAAGAAGAUAUUCAGCUGAGCACUCAUGAUUCGAUCGAGGAUGCUAGAACCGCCUUGAAGUUGUACCGCAAAUACCAGGAGUUUGAUGAGGCGGGAGUUCUUGAUACCAUGCUCCAGGAGAUCUAUGCGAAAGGUGUCGCCUCUAACUUUAAGCCCCCAGCCAGGGUAAGUCCAGGAGGGAGUUACUCAAGGACAGACACCCCGCCAGUCGACGGAAUGAUUGGACCUACUACGCCGUCGAGGAAGCCCGGAACUCUUCUGCCUGGGACGCCAGCGUCCACUCCGGGGAAGAGGGGAGUGUAUUUUUGAGAGGGGCGCGGAUAAAAUGAGACCUACGAGUUCUCAUUCUACCAUGAAAUCUAAAUACGACUCUAGACUGCGUGUUACAUGAACGAUGCUAACGGUACUACUCUUCACGACUUAUGAGGGAUGCUAGCACGCGUAGUAGAAGAAUAGAAAAUGCAGAACCAUGUGUAUCACGUAACGAUUAGUGCGUAUGGUCAAAAUAUCGAUUAGGCUAGCGAUAGGCACGAGGCAACGGUCAAAUACAUUCACAAGACGCUCAAUGUCACCGUGACAAUAUCUCACUAACCUCUCGUGAUAUAUGCUUUAAGUACGAUCUCCCUGGUGGUAACAAUACUUC